GCGGGGGCGAGAAGACUCAUUUUCUCUGUGUGCUCCUCCAGCCAAUAAGAUGUGGCCUGCGGCGCUCACUGCUGCCGGGGCACCGAAAGGGAGACUGAGAGGCCACUACAACUCGAUCACUGAUGGUACAAAUUAAAUUGCGCCUCUCCGCGCAGCUUUGUCGGCGUGUAACGGGUAUGUUCCGAGCACACAGGAGGCGAGGCUGGUUGUGAAAUUACCUUUGUGUUCGAGAACGUGACGGAGCUCAGCCAUUCACAAAUAUGUAUCCCAUUGUCGUGUACAUCCCUUCAGAAUACUGCUCUUUUGUUUUCAGAUAAUUCACUUACGAACUCAUGGCAGCCACAAAUACCCAAUCUGCCAAGGUGACUGUUACGAAAUCAACAACAGACGUGGGGCUGGCAUCAGCGUCAUUAAGCGACCACGUAUAUCAGACCCUUCAGCCUCCAAAAUUCGUGCAGUCAACCUGCAUAGCGAAAAAGGGAUCGCCAAGGUGGGUUGUCCUCACUUGUUUCUCCUUCUGCACCGUUUCUAUCUACUCUUAUCCUUUGUUUCCUAAUCUCGCUCCCAUUUCCGUUAAUAUGUCAUCGACAGCGUCCACCUUAGUUUCCUUCCGGCAACGUCAGGUUAUAUGUCUUCCAUCAAGAAGGCUUGCUGUUGUGCCCACAUUCCAGUUUUCUAAAACAGGCAUUGUUGCGUCCAACAAUUAUUCUUUGAAUCAUGCUUUGAUGAAAGUCUUUUAUACAUUUUAUCUUUUAUUCAUGGGUCGGCUAUCUCCAUGUCCCCCGGGACUGUUUCUAAGACUGAAGUUGACUCAGUACAGGCACAUACAUAGGAAACAGUGUUCAAAACACGUUCAGGAGCGGUUUUGUUCUACUUUAAACCAGAUAGUAUCCGUAUCCCUUUCGACUGCGCCAGCCCACCAUACUUUCUACUCAGCGCCAAAAUCCUCUCCCGAUGCCUCCCACUGUCGCCCACCUGUCACAUUUAAUCACCUCCACAUUCGCCUGUAGAGAGGAUGAUGUUUCCGAUACUUAAGGUGCUCAUUUUGUUAAAACAAAGAUUCAAUGGUAAGGUACACCGAUUCUGAACAGGUCAUUGCCUGGCUCAUACUUGUGGAGGCAUAUCAAAUGUCCACUCUCCGAAGCAGUAUUACUACUACUACUACUACUACUACUACUACUACUACUACUACUACUACUACUACUACUACUACUACUACUACUACUACUACUACUACUACUACUACCACUACUACUACUACUACUACUACUACUACUACUACUACUACUACUACUACUACUACUGCUACUACUACUAG